AGAUGGCAUCCCAUUCUAGUUUCUACCAGGGGACCAAGCGGAUCUCUCCAUUGAAGAUCAGAAAUCCUAGCAUACUGCCGUCACAGAUCAUGCCGUCGCCUACGGGUGCGCCGUUCAAUUUUGCCGAAAUGCCCUGGUCGUACGGGGUAAAGCCGGGACAGGUGAUGGAGUUUAAUGCAGUGAUCAGACCCAGUCCCAUCACUGGACCUCCUUCACCGGUACCAUCGACAAUGCCUCCCGGCAGCAGUCCACCAUCCUUCGGACUUUCCACUGUUUCAUCGCAGUCCUUUCUGCCGGAAUUUCGAAAACGAAAGCCCGAUCCCGACGUUAUACCAGUGCCAUCGAAACAGUUUCUUACGGAGGAAGCCAUGUCAUCACAUUUGAACAAUUUACACCUUUCCUCGGAAUACACCGCACACGACAUCCGAACGCAUACGUCCGCACCGGAAUCGCCCGCUCAAAGUUCCACGCUGGAAGAGGACAUGCUUCUGGGGGACAGCAACAGCGUGUCGGGUAAUACCCAAUCGACGUACCAUGUAUUUAUGUCCCCGCAAGAGCUCGAGGAACGCCUCAAGAAAGCACAACGAAUCGCGAUUUGCGAAGAGGUGCGACGAUUGGACAGUCGGGCCGAAAUAUUACCCCAGACGCUACUGGAACGUAUUGAAAAACCGUGCACCGCAUUGAUGAUUUGGCAGCCGCCCCAGGAACGUAUCCAGUCUCUGUUCACGAAAGUAUCCGAACAGCUGGAGGAACGGGAACGAAAGGACCGACUAGCGUCCAAGAACAGUAGUAAUAAUAGUAAUAUCAGCAGCAGCAGCAGCAGCAACAACAACAACAACAAUGAAAUAAUGAUUGAUUCAAUGGCCAUCAGCGACGAACCACUGCCCGAUCUGCCGGAUUACGAUGAGGAUCUCGACUUUGAACAGGAUGCUGCUAGUGUAUCGGAUUGGCAGCGACCAUCCGCACCCGAUGCACCCGAUCCAGCAACGAUGGAUAUUGAAAUGUAGUUUUUGUAAGAUUGCGUGAGCUGGUGUGACAACAAGGAUUAUCU